AUGGAUUUUUCAUCGAGAGGAGGCAACAAAGGUGGCGGUAUUGCCGGAGCUUCUGAGAGCAAUGUCGACCGUCGCGACCGUCUACGAAAGCUUGCACUCGAGACGAUUGAUCUCGCCAAAGAUCCGUAUCUUCUCAAAAACCAUCUCGGCGGUCUCGAAUGCAGACUCUGUUUGACACUGCACACAAACGAAGGAAGCUACCUCGCGCAUACACAAGGCAAAAAACAUCAAACGAACCUUGCUCGUCGAGCAGCUAGGGAGGCCAAAGAAAAUGCAUACGACUCGAACAAGCUCAUCACUGCAUCUGCUGCUGAAUCUGUACCGAAAAAGCAGUUUGUCAAGAUCGGUCGUCCAGGUUACAAGGUCAGCAAAGUGCGCGAGCCACUGCUGGAAGGCGGCGAAGGUGGAAGACUGGGUCUGCUGUUUCAGAUCUCAUUGCCAGAGAUCAAGCAAGGCGUGAUGCCAAUGCAUCGGUUCAUGGGCUCCUUUGAGCAAAAAAUAGAAACCCCAGAUCGCAAUUAUCAGUAUCUCGUCGUAGCAGCCGAGCCAUACGAAACGAUAGCGUUCAAGCUCCAAAGCCGCGAAAUUGACAGGAAAGACACAGGGCUUGUCACAUCAUCCGCUCCAGGCGCCAGGCCAAAACCCGAGCCUUCAACCUGGAGCUACUUUGACCCUGACGGCAAGACCUUUUCCAUCCAAGUCAUGUUCAAAUGA